AUGUUUGGUCGUCGAUCAUUGGACCCAUUACUUGAUAAUUUUGACCCAGAGAUCGAACGGACCUUUAGAGCUAAUAGAGCAGCCUCUCGUCACCCUUGGCCUUCACCCACUUCACUUGUUAGAAUGGCUGAAAGAAUAGAGGCUGAGGUUCCACCUGCGAUCGGAGAGUACUUUCUCCCAUCCGCAUACACCUCACCAUCAUGCAUAGCAUUGCCUACCACUGCCUCAACACAAUUUGAAAUCAAGUCCAGUUUGUUACAAACACUUCCAUCAUUCUAUGGACUUGAUAAUGAGGACCCAUAUCGGCAUUUAGGGGACUUCGAAGAGAUUUGCUCCACCGUUAAAAUUCAGCACUUCACUGAUAAUGCCCUUAGGUUGAAGUUAUUCCCAUUCUCACUUAAAGAUAAAGCCAAAUAUUGGCUUAAUACUUUGAGUGGCCUUCAUGAGGUGGGCCGCUCUGAUGAUCUUUCCUAUAAGGUAGAUGCAUUGACCCGCAAGUUUGACACUUUCUUAUCUUUGGGUCAUGGUCCUUCACAUUCUUCACCUCCUGCUGCUGUUGCGGAGGUAUGUCAAUUGUGCUCCAGUCCGUGCCAUCAAAUAAAUGAGUGCCACAUGGCAUCUCAAUUCCCAGAAUUUCUUCAAGAGCACGUGAACGCGGCCCAGGGGUUUGGUAGGCCUGCAAAUGACCCCUAUUCUCAUACUUACAACCCCGGCUGGAAGAAGCAUCCCAACUUUGGAUGGCGACAGCCAGACCAAGGGCAACCAUUUGCCCAACCUAUGAGGCCUUCAUUUCCUAAUACUUCCAACACACAGGCCUAUUGUCCACCACCUGCACCACCCCAAUACCAACAACCUCCUGCUCCUCCUGCGUCCUCCCAAAGGACACCAGCUUUUGAGGAUCAAAUGUUGAAGGCCAUGGCUGAAAUGAGAGCCGAUUGCCAACAAAUGAAAGCUGACUCUCAAUUGCUUUACUCCCACUCUCAAUCCAUUGCCAAGAUGGAAACCCAAGUGGGUCAGCUAGCUAAUGCUCUUAACCAGCGGGAUGAGGGUAGAUUACCAAGUCAGCCAGUGGCCAACCCACGAGGGAUGCACCAUAUUGACAAUUCGCAAGGUCAUGAACAAGCGAAAUUAGUUGUCACCCUCAGAAAUGGGAGAGAUGUAGAGACCCGACCGGAAAAGGUCAAAGCGAAGGAGAAAGUGUCUCCACCUGUCGCUGAGAGGUCUAGGGUUGAUAAGAGGUCUAAGGAGAAGGAGACCGAUCCAGUGUCUACAGUUGUUUCGGGGUCAUCUGAGACCCCAUCUUAUAUUCCUAAGGCACCUUUCCCGAUUUGCCUGAAUGCACCUUCACCCUUUCACAAGAAGGGAGUAUCCACUGAUAAUAUUAUGGAGGUGUUCAAGCAAGUUAAGAUGAACAUCCCAUUGCUCGAUGCCAUUGAGCAAAUCCCAUCUUAUGCCAAGUUCCUCAAGGACUUGUGCACUCACAAGCGGAAAGCGCGAGCCAAGUUUUUAGAGCCCAUCCCCAUUCCUCACCAAGUUAGCUCUGUUCUUCAAUCUAACACUGCCCCCAAGCUUGCUGAUCCUGGUGUGCCCACAAUCUCUUGUGUCAUAGGCAAUCACUUUAUUAGUAGGGCACUCUUAGAUUUAGGGGCAAGUGUCAAUCUUUUACCGUACUCUGUGUACGAGGAGUUGGGGCUUGGUGAGUUGAAGCCCACAUCGGUUACUCUGCAGUUGGCCGAUCGUUCUGUGAAAGCCCCACGGGGCAUGUUAGAGGAUGUCCUCGUCAAGGUGAAUAAUUUCUACUUUCCUACUGAUUUCAUUGUCCUUGACACAGAGCCAGUCCACCCCACAGCCCUUAAAUCUCAAACGCCUGUCAUCUUGGGUCGUCCCUUUCUAGCCACGGCCAAUGCACAGAUUUCUGUGAGGAGUGGAGUGAUGGAGGUAUCAUUCGGCAAUAUGAAACUGAGUCUGAAUAUGUAUUCGGCCACUCGACAGCCUCAUGAGGAGGAAGACUGCUUUGCAGUUGAUGUCGUUCAUGAGUUAGUAGAAGAGGCGUUGCCGUACAUUUUGGUUGAGGAUCCUCUUGAGGCAUGUCUUGCCCAUUUUGGCUAUGAGGAGUUCGAUAUUGACCAAUCCAUUGCUGAGGUCAAUUCUUUAUUAGACCUCGCACCUUGUAUGGCCAAACCUACUUGGCGAACUCCUUUCGAGCCUUUACCUGCUUUGUCUAGCAUUCCAGCUCUUCCCUCCAUAGAAGCCCCACCAAAGCUUGAGUUGAAGCCUCUCCCAGCUUCUCUGAAGUAUGUUUUUCUUGGCCACGAUGACACCUUGCCUGUGAUCAUUGCCUCUGACCUUUCUUCCGAGCAAGACGGUCAAUUACUUAAAGUGCUUAAAAAGCACAAGGGUGCGAUAGGGUGGUCAGUGGCCGACCUCAAGGGUAUUGAUCCCUCCGUUUGCAUGCAUCGCAUUCAUUGCGAGGAAAAUGCAAAACCAUCAAGAGAGAUGCAAAGGAGGUUGAACCCUAACAUGAAGGAGGUCGUUAUGAAGGAGGUGGUCAAAUUGUUGGAUGCGGGUAUCAUAUACCCCAUCUCUGAUAGCAAGUGGGUGAGUCCUACUCAAGUAGUGCCCAAGAAGUCAGGCAUUACUGUCGUUGAGAAUGAUAAGGGUGAGCUUGUGCCCACACGCAUGACGACUGGUUGGCGUGUGUGUAUUGAUUAUAGAAAGCUCAAUUCCAUGACUAGGAAGGAUCAUUUUCCACUUCCAUUUAUUGAUCAAAUCCUAGAGAGGUUAGCGGGCCAGAGCUAUUAUUGUUUUCUGGAUGGAUAUUCCGGAUAUAACCAAGUGGUCGAUGACCCAGCGGAUCAAGAGAAGACUACCUUCACCUGUCCUUAUGGUACUUAUGCUUAUCGACGCAUGCCUUUUGGCUUGUGCAAUGCACCUGCGACCUUUCAAAGGUGUAUGAUGGCUAUCUUCUAUGACAUGGUGGAGGAAUUUCUAGAAGUAUUCAUGGAUGACUUCUCGGUCUUUGGGGCCUCCUUUGAUUCAUGUCUCCAAAAUCUUGCAAAGGUGCUUAAACGGUGCGAGGAGACUAAUCCGGUCCUAAGUUGGGAAAAGAGCCAUUUUAUGGUUCAGGAGGGGAUUGUUUUAGGGUUCUAUAGGCGUUUUAUCAAGGAUUUUUCUAAAAUUGCUAAGCCUUUGUGUGAUCUUUUGGCUAAGGACGCCCCCUUCAUUUUUGAUGAGGCUUGUAUGAGAGCUUUUGUGAAGCUCCGUGAGACGUUGUCCACAGCACCUAUCAUGCAGUCCCCCAACUGGUCUCUACCCUUUGAAAUAAUGUGUGAUGCAUCCGACUACGCAGUCGGUACUGUUUUGGGCCAGCGGGUUGACAAGGUCCCUCAUGCCAUUUAUUAUGCGAGUAAGACCCUCUCCGGUGCGCAGUUGAACUAUACCACUACGGAGAAGGAAUUACUCGCUGUGGUCUUUUCCCUUGACAAGUUCCGAUCCUACCUUUUAGGGUCGAAGGUUGUAGUAUACACUGAUCAUACCGCUUUGCGGCAUUUACUUUCUAAGAAGGAGACCAAACCUAGGUUGAUUAGGUGGAUUCUGCUCCUUCAAGAGUUUGAUGUGGAGAUUCGAGACAAGAAAGGAUCUGAAAAUUCUGUAACAGACCAUUUAUCAAGGAUCCUAGUGGAUGCCUCUGGUGACACCUUGCCCUUCAAGGACUCAUUCCCCGAUGAGCAGCUCUUCGAGGUGUCACAAGUGCGACCCCCAUGGUAUGCACACAUAGUUAACUACCUAGCCACAGGCAUGCUUCCCCCUCAUUGGUCCAAGCAUGACAAAGACCGUUUCUUUGCGCAGAUGUUUGAUGUUUGGGGGAUAGACUUCAUGGGUCCGUUUCCAUGUUCGCAUGGGAACGCGUAUAUUCUUGUGGCCGUGGACUACGUGUCCAAGUGGGUGGAAGCGGUAGCCACCAAGACCAAUGACCACAAAGUUGUGGUCAAGUUUCUUCAAAGUAAUAUUUUUACUCGUUUUGGCUAUCCGCGGGCGAUUAUUAGUGAUGAGGGCACCCAUUUUCUCAAUAAACACUUCGUCGUCCUGGUGCGAAAGUAUUCUAUCACUCAUAAGGUGGCAACACCUUAUCACCCUCAGACUAGUGGGCAGGUUGAAGUGUCAAAUAGGGAGAUUAAACGCAUACUUGAAAAGACGGUUAGACCCGAUCGAAAAGAUUGGUCUUUAAGGCUCGAUGAUGCUUUAUGGGCCUACCGUACAGCUUAUAAGACCCCUAUUGGCAUGUCUCCUUACCGGUUAGUUUUUGGUAAGGCAUGUCAUUUGCCCGUUGAGUUAGAGCAUAGAGCUAUGUGGGCCAUUAAGAAGUAUAACUUCAAUAUGGCCGCUGCCGGGUUAAAUCGUAAGCUCCAGCUUGCUGAACUGGAAGAGUUGCGCAAUGAAGCAUAUGAGAGUGCACGAAUUUAUAAGGAUAGGACUAAGGCAUUUCAUGAUAAACACAUUGUUAGAAAGUCCUUUGAAGUUGGUCAAAAAGUGUGGCUCUUUAAUUCUAGACUUAAACUUUUCCCGGGUAAGUUGAGGUCACGGUGGGAUGGUCCAUAUGUUGUCAUUCGUGUUUUUCCCCAUGGAGCUGUAGAGAUUAAGGAUCCACGUGUUGGUAAUGUUUUCAAGAUCAAUGGCCAAUUGCUUAAACCUUACGUGGAAGGAAUUGGUGAUGGCGUGGUGGAUGGUGCCACAGUGGAGUCCAUUACUUUGAUGGACCCAAUUUAUAUAGAUUAGUGCUUUCAUUGGAAGUCUAGGAGACUUAAAAUCCGUGGAGUUUGUGAUAUCUCCAGUGUUUGCCGUGCUCGAACGGUUUUCAACGGUCUGGUAUAGCCACCUUGUCAAAGCUAUGUAUGUAGUACUUAGGAGGUUGGGUCUGGCGGCAGGCGCGUAGUUAGCAGCGAGAAAUCUGUCUGAACCAUCCGACUUUAGUGUCCAGCUUGGCGGAGAUUGCUUCAUAAGCCGAGUGGUGGGUAAGGAAUCUGGCAACCCCAGAGGGAGUGACAGCCUAUUAGAUGAUGGCACCACUUCUCACGAUAUCGUUGAAUCCUACGCAUAUUGCUCUUCCAACAAGUAAGGAACCACAGUCUUUGACAAGGGAGAAAAGUAGUACCCGUGUCUUUCGCGUGAAGAAAGUGGAUGGAUUUUUAUUUUAUUUUAUUUGAACUCCUUGCCUUUAUUUAUGUUCUUUAGUUGUUUUUCUUGUAUAUAUUUUGUUGUUUUGGAGGCUAACAUUUUGCAGGUUGUUCAAUCCAAGUUAGGGGGUCUCCCUCUUGCUAUGAUAGUUUGCUAUGUUCCUCCUUUUCGAGGUGAUACCUUUCCUCUCUUUUACUUUUCUGUCCUAUCGUUUUAUUUUUAUACU